AUGGCAAGCCCCGAGGCUUGGAGGAAGACGGGCCGUAAGGCCGCUGAGGCUCACUGGGUUGGACUAAGCCCAGGAGAGCUGGUUGAAAUUGUGGUCUACAAUGACCAGGGGCAGACGCAGGGGACUAUCCUGGUCGAGCUGUUGCGAGAAUAUGAAGAUCCCGCCCAUGAAGGACGAUCAUGGCUGGGAAAAAUCCAUGCCUGCCAAGAUGACUACUUCGCCUGGUGGGUGUCCACCACUUAUGAUCAAGGAGAAGCAGGCAUCCACUUUUGUGGUCGUCGUGGAGACCACUGUUCAGCGCGGACUCCCUUUAGGGACGUUCUACACGUAGACGUGUUCCGGAUGCUGCCUGGAGACUCAGCCCUCUCCCUUCCUUGGCUCUCCGAAGACCAGAAGAAUCUCGUCACACAAUUGCUGAAGGCUUCUGGGCCUCCACCGCCAGGCUCGGGGCAAGUCCCUGGGGCUGGUGCUGGAGAGCCUGGGGGCCGGGGCAAAGUGGAAGGAGGCGAGCCAGGAAUUAGAGGCCUGGCUGCAGCCUUGGCCGGCGGAGAAAGGGAAUCGGACGCUGGAGAAGUGGAGAACGAGCCCAAGGAGAAAAAGACGAAAAAGAGAAAAGCUGGCCACGAGAAAGACGAGGACUAUGGACAAGGGCUUCAAGAAAAAAUUGCAAAGCGGAGCCCGCCUAAUUCCUCAGAUCGAUCUGACUCGCUUUUUCAACUGGCCGCCCUGCCCGCAGGCACAGAGAAGAUCCACCGGCUUCACGAGGAGAGACCGGGGACUCUGGCGAAUCUCACCCUCCUGAAGUUUCAGGAGAUCUUGGAGAGAACCGUCGGGUUGAGCAGGGGAACGGCCGAGAACCCGCAAGAAGAGAGCCUGCCACCGGUCGCACGGGGCUACCUCACACAGAUCCUGUUGACGAGGUUUCCAGAGGCAGCAGCGGGGCUGCGGAAUGUCCGCGAGCUGCGCACCUUGGCGGCGAUCAUAGACGGCAUCUGUCAAAACGACAGCAUGCGGAGCCUGGACGUGGCAGUUCAACGGUUCAAGAGCAUCGAACUGUUCAUGUCCCAGGGCUCGUGGGAGCAAGGCAACCUUCUGGAACUGAUCCCAAGCGAAGGGGAAGCGAGGUCGUACUUCCGGCCGGAACUGAAGGCAACGCAGCAGGAGCUGAAAACAGAACAGCGCCUGAGAGCGGGGCCCUGGCAGCCACGAAGGAACCAAUGGGCUCCGAGAUGGGAGGAUCGGCAGGCGCCUCAUGCCGAAGCAGUGGAUCCCGGCGGAGCAGAAGCAGGCAAAGACGAGAAGCCGCCAUCGAAUCAGAGAGUGCCCGGAGAAGAAAUCCGAAAGGUCAUGGAAAAUGGAACUUUUGAAGAUGAAAGAGGGCAGUGGAUGAGAAGAAUCCUCUAUGACCUUCUAGAGCACCCCCAGGUGCGGCAGUACUAUGAUGAGCUACGCUGCCUGGUACAGGCGCCAACAACAUGGAAAGAGGUGGAACACAGGUUCAGUGAAAUCUUGGUUGAGAUGAUGGAUGAACCAGAAGAGAAGCUUCUGGAGAGCCUUCGAAACACCUUCAAGUGUCUGACAGAAGAUGAUCCGAAGCCUUUGCUCAAGUUGCUGGGGGUCCCGCAGCCACCUUCGGGGCCGUCCCCGGAGGCGGUGAAGGGGCCUCUGGCGCGCGAGUAUAGAGGUGUAGAGAUCAGAUACCGAACGGAGCUUUGGGUCGGCCAAGAUGGCGGUGUGUUCGUGGGACGAUCGAAACCUGGACGGCCGGGAUGCGUCAUCCAUGAGGAUUUUGGACGCCACCUGGAUCGCGAACUUUUUCGAGAAGCCCUUCUGGGGAAGCCCCUGUAUGUUGAUGAAGGCGAGGAAGACCUUGCCGUCGAGGUGGUCCAGGACUUUAACCUGGCACGGGGACCUGAGGCCCGAAGGGUUGAUUGGCAGGCAGAAUGGCUCAAGACCUGGCAAAGGCUUCUUGGGCAUGGGGUGUCCCUGAGUUACACCGGGGUGGCUCUGAAGUUGAUGAUUCGGAGUCGCCCUGGAAGCUUGGGGAACUUCUCGCGACUGUUCAAAUGCUGCGCUCUGAGGAACUUUCAGGGGCACCCCGCAGAGCUGUUGCCAAUGGCCCUGCCUGACGACACCGCGGAGGAGCAGCAUGCCUUCGGGGCCUUGGUAAAAGCGGCAGGGGCUGCUCAUGACCCCAGUGAUGAAGACUGGUCCGCAGUUGAAAAGUCCUGUGAGAAAGCUGGCAUUGCUGCCUGGUCAUGGUUGCAGGUGCUUGGUGUGAAUGCGCUGUACCUGGGCGGAGGCACUGACCGAUGUCUGAGCACUCAGAUGGCCCACAGCUGUGAGUGGUCUCCCGGCCAACAGGCUUUGAUGUCAAGAGCCCGGGAGCUGGCUGAGAUAUGGCUUGAAAAAGGUGAAGGGAAGAUUGAAAUAGGAGAAUGGGACAAAAUCAGUCAGUCGCUGGACGGCAUCUAUACGGGACCAGAGGUGAAGAAGGCCUAUCCCUUGACGGUGGAAGGUAUCCUACCCACUACCCCUGCGGCAGAUGAAGCAGGGCGAAUUGAGCUGGCGGAAGUGGUCGCACCUGAGCUCAAGAGCUUUGUGCUGAAUCCUGAACUCCUGCGCAUCCCGGACGAUGAGCUGAUCGACCCGAGGACCUUUGCCAAAGUCCAUGUUGACAGUGAUGAGGAAUGGAAUAGAGUUGUCGCUCACCUCGUGAAGGCAGGAAUGCUAGAGCGUGAGGAUCCACACGAGACUCUGCGCUACAAAGAUGAGGCCGUCAGGAAUGGUGCUUUCGGUGUGCACAAGGGAUGGCAGCAGAGGGAGGAUGGGUCCCUCUUCCGGACAUUUCGGCUGAUAAUCAACCUCAUCCCCUCAAAUGGUUUCCAACGAAAGACCCCUUGGCGCCCUAGCCAGAAAAUGGGGUACAGUCCGCUCUGGGGACAGAUGGUUGUCCUUGAGGAUGAAGUGGUGAUGAGCUAUGGGGAGGACCAACGCCAUUGUUUCCACAUCUACCGCCCAGGAUCGAAGUGGAGAGGCUACUUCGUCCUCAGCAAGAAGGCGGCAGGAUGGGCUUUUGCAGACUCCAGCCAGGAGGCCAGCUACCCAAGAGUUAAGACCGCGCCAAUGGGGUGGUCAAACGUCGUGGACUUCAUUCAGAGCGGUCUGGAAAUGAUGGGAACUCAGGCUGGAAUGAGCAUCAAGCAUGCGGUUAGAUUGGGAGAUGCCCUCCCAGCUCUUCCACUUGACACUCCAAGGACAUACUACUCUUGGUAUGUUGACAACUGGGACUCUUUCAAGAUCGUGGCAAAGAGUGACAUGGGGGAGUAUGAAGGAAAGCCUUCGGAUGACCAGCUGAAGUUGAGAGCUGUCUUUAAACUUUGGGAUGUUGGGAGAGACCCAAAGAAGGCAGCAGAAGGAACUCUGAGCUGGUCCUCCCUGGGGGCUGAAGUGGAUGGCGGCCGAGGAUUGGUUGGCUCGAACACAAAGUUCCGAAGAGGGAUCCUCGGAGCCACCAUCAACCUGCUUCAGGCGCCUUGGAUCCGAACCGAUUCACAAGAGCUGCAGGCACUGGUCUCAAAGCACAUGCACACGGUCCAAUUCUGCCGCCCGCUGGCUAGCGCCUUCGAUCAUUUGUAUCGGGAGAAGAAGGAGGAGGAGCGUGCCAAAGCACGGGUCUCAGCGAAUGGGGCCAUCAACGGAUCCGCGGCUGAUGACCUCUUGGUGGUUGAAAUGUUUGCUGGCAUGGGAGGGCUGAAACAAGCCCUCGAACUGAUUGGUAUGGUUCCUCAGGGGGUUAUCAGUAUCGAUAAUGACCCCACCAGCAAAAAGCUUUCGAGAGCCCACUGCAGGCACGGGAUUUUGUAUGAUGAUGUCAAGACCAUCACCAAAGAAAUGGUGGUUGAAUGGAGGAGACAGUUUCCACGAGCCCGCCAGAUCCUGUUGGCAGGGGGAUGGCCGUGUAUUCAUCACUCCUCCCUGAAUGCCAAUCGGCAGGGAGCAGCUGGCGCUACGAGUCAACUGUUGGAUGAGAUGAUGAAGAUCCGGAGCUGGAUAAAAGAGGCAUCAGCAGCCCAUGGAUUGCCCUCAUGGGACUUAUUGGAGUUCUAUGAGAACGUGGUGAUGGACAAGAGCGACCUUGAAGUCCAGAGUGAGAAGAUUGGAUGGCUGCCAAUGCAUGUUGAGGCGGCGGAUGUGGGAAGAUGCCGUCGACCUAGACUCUACUGGGUGAAAGGCAUUCAAAUGAUCAAUGGAAGCGACCUCAAAGUCGAGCAGCAGGCAAAGAUCCGUGAUCUUGAGAUUGCCCUUGAUAAGGGAGUGAUCAAAACGGAGAUCCCUCCGCUGGACUGGUUCCUCAACAAGGGGGCCAAGAAGCUGAGCCAGGAGAACGAGCCAUUCUACACGUUUACCCGGCCAAUCAUGCGGAAGGAGCCGCCACCUUCCCCGGCAGGUCUCGAGCGGGCAUCGCCGAAGGCGCUCCAACGAUGGCGGGGAGACAGCUUCAGGCUGCCCCCGUACGCCUACGAGAAUGCCAACCUGGUGACUGACAAGAGUGGGCCCAGGCGAUUGCUGCCCGAUGAGCAGCUGAGGAUGAUGGGCUACACCAGCUCACAUCUGACCUUGAAGUCAAAGCUCACCAACGACCAAAAAGGCCAUUUGAUUGGGAACUCCUUCAGUGCCAUUGUUGUGGCCAGACUCCUGACCGGGCUGGCGCUGGAUGACGAUCAGGGCAAGGACGUAGAUCUGACAAAGGCCAUCUGGGAAAGUUGGCGUUCCCUCGAGGACCAAGUUGGUCGGGAACAGCAGCCGUGGCGGACACGCUUCGGGCAAGGGCCUCGGGCGGGCCAGGGGGUGGUGGCCAUGCGCCGUCGUGUGCUGCCACCCGCCGAUCUUCCGCUCAAGGCCAAAUUGGACCCACAGAACCGCCUCACCGACGAAGAGUUGCUGGCCUACAUGCUGACGCGGCAGGCGGUCCAAAAGGGCUGUGACAUCCGGGUGGACCUCAACCAGCCAUUCUCCUAUGGCACUAUGUGCCGACACUCCAUCGACCCAGGAAAUUGGCGAUGGAAAGUCCUCCUCUCCUAUCAGUGGAAGAAAGGGGGCCAACAUAUCAAUGUGUUGGAGGCCACCGCCAUCCUUGACUUGGCACGAAAAUUGGCCCGUGAACCAAAGCACCAUGGAAUGAGAUCGAUCCUUUUGGUCGACAACAUUGUUUCACUCUCGGUCAUUGCAAAGGGCCGUAGUUCUGCUCGCUCUCUUCAAGCUCCACUUCGACGAUUGACAGCGGUCUUGUUGGCCGCGGACCUCCGGUUCUACUUGGGCUGGCCGUUGGAAGGCAAAGCUUUGACCAUGCCUCGGGCACAACUCGUGCAACGAAAGUCGAAGGGAGAGCGAAAAAGAGAGCGCAAAGAACUUGGGACACUUCAGCAACUCGUGUUACCGGAUCAAGCUUUGCCCUUUACUCCACUGAUGGCCUAUGGACUUGCUCAAAUGGCUUUUAAUAAAGGUUGGAAGGAUCUUUGCAUGGUGAUCCUACUGGGCUUUACCAUGUUUGCCCGAACGGGAGAGCUUUUUCAGGCAAAAGCAGGUGACUUUGUUUUUGACCACCGACUGCGAAAGGGUGUCUGGUCUCUUCCACUGACCAAAUCGGGGCAACGGGCAGGGGUCCGGGAAUCCUUGACAAUCGAAGACCAAUGGCUGUUAGUGGCACUCAAGAACUACUGCAAGUCCCUUCACCCAGGAGAUACGUUGCGGAAAGCCUCGCCCCAACUGAUGCGGAAUCGUUUCAAAGAAUUACUACAGGAAGCUAACCUUCCCCCAGGCUUUGCCUUUUAUUCCCUACGCCGCGGCGGGGCGACCCAUGCCUAUAGGCAAUCUAAUAAUCUCUCCUGGGUCUGCCUUGUUGGCAGAUGGGGCCAUGAGAAAACAGCCCGAAUUUACAUCACUGAUGCCUUGGCACAGCUGACAGACAUUGGUCUCUCCCGCCCUGCUCGUCAAAAACUUUUGCGCCUGGCUCAACAAGCUCGUCCAGGAUAUCAGGUGGUGUUCUCAUGUGACUUUCUGGGAACUGGGUCAGGGGGUGGUCAUCUUUAUGAUGCCUUGUCCUGGUUUUCCUUUCCUGUCACGUGGGGUUGGGACAGCGGUGUCUGGGAGGUUGUAAGGAUGCAGAGGCAUAGGGUAUUGACCCUUGCGGGGGGGCCUCCCGGUUCCUCCACCUGGACGUUGACCGAGGAAUCGGAGGAAUCGAGUAGCACGGUGGACACCACCGAGGCGAGAAAGAAGACAGUCAUGUGGGAAAGCGCCGACGUCGACCACGACGUCGACCACAUCUCUGCUAGACGUCGAUCCUGGGGGCGAAUGGAAUAUCUUGGCCGAUGCUCGGACGGCACCUUGGAACGGAUCCAUUCGGUGCCCAGGAGUUUCUCGUUGACAGAUGGAACCGACGUGGAGGACUGCCCCGUGGCCAUUGCCACGUUGAGUUCCCUGCGGACGACCUUCGUGAGCUACGUGCAGGGUGGGAGCAUGAGCAUCACCGACACUUGGGCCCUGGCUGUUCGUGCCACUGAAGACUUGAUGCAAGAACAGUCAGUGCAAAGAGGAGGCACUGCAAGGAGCAGCCACUGCAAAGGACAGUCACUGCAAGGAACAGAGGUCUCCCGUACGCCUGGACGGGUCGAAGCUUAUUUCAUCCCGCGGUGGUCACCACGGCCAGCACCACGGCAGUUGACAAUGCCCCGCUGGACAUUGGCAGCGUGGGUGCUGCAACACGAAGCGCAAGACGCUUGGUAG